ACCGACAAAAAAGUCUUAAUAAUAUAGUCAAAUCUUUCAGACACAACAAAAGAAUUUUAUUUGUGUUAAGAAUAAAAAUUUCUUUGAAAUAUGAAGGCGAAACGUAAGGAUAGUGCUACCUCUUUGGGGGCCAAACGCGGCUCUAGGCCUGCAUCCCGUCGUCCUUCGCAGUUAAAUGUGGAUACAGCAGCAACACCGACACCACCAGCCCAACAAGAAACAAAUCCACAAGAACCAACUCCUUCAGCAACACAAGAACCUGUACCGGAUGCUACAGCUUCACCAGAUGCUUCCCAGACGCCACAAGAGGAAGCACCACCAGCGCCAAGUGAAGUACAGGUGAAAAAUGGUGCAAAUGUUCCACAAGUCGACGGACUGAGCCUUGUGGGAGCCAGUACAGUGGUCUCUACAGCAGCGCCCACGCCCAUCGACUCGGACUUUCUUGAUGCAGAAUUGUCGCACGGUGAACUCCUGCCGAAUGCAAAUGUUAGUAUAUACAAUGCCUAUAAUGUGGGACCGGCAUUCGGUUGUAAAUUUCCCAUUCCCAUGAUACGUUUAAUGGUCGAGCGUUUGCUAAAAGAAAAGUUGGAUGGUAAAAACUAUACAGCCGGCGAAGCUGUCAAAUGGACUCGGGAUGUGGCCGAUGAUGUCAAUUUGAGAAUGAAAGGAGCCUGCCAUCAGACACGCUAUAAACAUGUGGUCAAUGUAAUAAUCUAUCAGCAAACUGGAGCUGGUUGCUUCUAUGGAGCUCGAGCUAUAUGGGAUGUUAAUUCCGAUGACUAUUUCUCCAUGAGCUAUGAUGGCGGCAGUUUUGUCUGCAUAGUCACUCUCUUUGGAUGCUAUCAGUAUUGAUUAAGUAUAAAUUAAAUAAAAUACAAGUUUAAAUCAUUUAAAACAAA